UGCAUAAAUUGGCAUGGAUAGGAUGAUUUCUGGCUGAUAUUAAUAAAUGCUUGUGCAUCUUUACGUGCCAUGCGUCCCACACCCUGACUCUCAGCAAAACAGAGGCAAGGCAGGGCUGAGCGAUGUUUGACGCGCUCCUAUUGCAACCAGCGGGACCCUGAAACAAAUUGGAAAGCCCAGGAGCGGACAUAUUGAUUCCGAAGCUCACAACAGUCUCCGUCUCCUGCCCUCGGCCUGACCUCAUGGAUCCCGGUGGAAGCGAACUGGACUCCAGCCUGCCUCAGCCGGAGAACCCGUGCCUGAUAGUGGAAGAUUCCCAGCCGGACAGCGUCGGUCUGGAGGACGACCCGGAGAGCAGCUACCGGGCGCUGCUGGCCCGCCGCCUGUCCAGCCUGCAACCGGCCGCCCGCAGCCCGGUUCUGGAACUAAUAUCAUCACCACCAGGAAGUAGAUGCUCCCAAAUCGACAGCCAAUCAGAGAGUAACAACCAGGCAGAACCAGAGGUCGUAGCUGCAGCCGACCCCAGCUCGCCACUGCAGGAGGAGAGUCAAGUUAUCAACGUCUGUCCACAUCCCACCAAGAAAAAGUUUGUACCUGAGGAUUCUGAAAUGGAUCCUGGAGCCGAUUCCACGACUAACUGUGUUCAGUCUGACGGUGGAUCGUCUCAGUUUGGGUUUCUGGAGCUCUCACAGAGUCAGGACCUUGAAGCUGGCGGAGACCCGGGCCAUCGCUCUGAAAAGCAGCAAAGUGUUGCCCUCAAAACUUUGGCGCAUCAAGAUAACAAAGCAGUGAGGUCGGAGGUUAGCUCCAGCAGCUCCUCCGAGUCCGUGGGCCAGUCGGGUCGCCAGCUGACCGUCCAGGUUCUGCUGCACUCCCAGAACCUGCAGGAGUCCGAGGAGCCGGACCAGCAGGACUGCGAUGUUCUGUCCUCACAGGAAGAUCUGUUCGACGCCGACAAGUCGGGCGCCGCUGUGGACAGCACGGUGUCGGAACCGGAGCAGCCGGCUCGGCCCACCUCCACGCCGGCCCACAGCCUGCAGCUGCUGCAUCUGUCCGGACAGGGAACGCUGGUCCAGGAGAGUCUGUCCCAGAGCUCCGUUGACUACGUCGCCCCAACGCCGGACAACUUCCCCCACACUCCUUUAAUCAUUCCAAGCUCGCCGACCGAAGCGGAAAACGAACGCGACGAGGAACCCAUGGACACCUCGCUUCCGCCGGAGGAGCGAGCGGCGGCGCAGGACGAGCCGAUGGAAACGGACGCCGCCUCGAGGCCACACUCACCUACCUCUGCUCCGGUCUCCCAGAAUGCCUCUGGUCCAGAGCGAGCGCUGCCUGUGCCGUCACAGCCAGGGCUCUCUCAUGAUGUUUUUGUUCCCACACAGAGCCAAGAAGCCAGGAAGUCUCCUCCGUUGCCUUCUGAGACUCAGUCUUCGCUCCGGGAGUCGGCUCCGUUUUCCCCUGCGCUGCAGCUUUCUGUGAACGCGGAUAGCGGCGACCCGGUUCCGGUGGAGGAGGACAGUCAGGACAGUCAGGACACGCAGAUAGACGAGCUGGAAGAGCCGCCAGGUGUCGAUACCAGCGACGCCGUGGCUCCGGAGGAGUCACAGCAACCCGACCGGACUGAGCCGGACCUGCCGCAUGAGUCCGACAGGCAGCAACAGGAAGCAGAGACAAAUGUGAACGAAAGCAGCAACGCUAACCACUCUGACUUGGCGGCGAACAGCUGCGUGCAGGAGACGCCGUGCAGCACCACGGCAGCAUCACACGCCUCCAGUUCAGGAGAAACGGCAGAACAGAACCAUUCGACGGACAAAAACAAGAUGGACGACUGUGAGGAAGAGGAGGAGGAUGUCAUGAAGGAGGAGAACACCGGUGGCGCCUCAGCGAUGGCGCUGGUCCUCUCCGAGAGUCAGCUGAUGUCUCCGGAGCCAAUGGAGGAGGAGAUCCAGGACAGCGUCGUCGUGGCAACCGACGGAGAGAAAGACAGAAACUUGCAGCCGGAGUCCAGCGUUUCCGAGGGCGACGGAGCCAAAGGGGUCGCCACGGCUAACGGCCACCGGCAGCAGACCCAGGAAGAGAGAGCGGAGGACGCCCUGGGCGGGCGAGAAAUGGAGGGCGUCAAAGACAAGAGCCUGAGUGACAGCUCUGGAGGUUAGCGCUGCAUUUAUUCACGUAAA